AUGGCUGGAAAUUAUUACCGACUGCAUUCGAACGACUUUGGUCAUGUGAGGUCCCCCAAGCACAUUAGGGAAACUGAAGAAUGUCCUAAAAACGCGGACAACUGGAGUUUCAGCCCUGUGCACUACAGCUAUUCUUUGAAGAAUUUAGAAGAAGCAGAUAGACAUUGGUUGGUGUACUCAAAGAGCAAGCUUUUUUGUUGCAAGCUUAUUUCGUCAUCUACAGUAAAAAUUGCAAAGAACGUGGAUCGUGUUUUCCGAGGGACUGUCGAAGCCCAUCAUCAAAGGCUUCUGAACACUGAAAGCGAACAUUGGAAAAAUAUUCUUGAGCACUUAAUAGCAGUAAUUCAUUUCCUGGGUCAGCACUGUCUGCCUAUGAGAGGAAGUACAGAUACACUCGUUCAGCCUGACAACAGAAACUUCUUGAAACUUGUUGAAUUAUUCAGAAAGUUCGACACUGUGAUGAUGGAGCACCUGCACAGAACAAAGCAAGAUGAGAACAAGGGUCAUCAUUAUCUUGGAAAAGAAACAAAGAAUCAAAUAAUUCAUCUUAUUAGAUCAUCUAUAACCAACAACGUUCUAUUAAUGAUGAAAUUUGCAAAGUAUUACAGUGUAAUUCUGGACUGCACACAAGAUAUUUCAAAAGUUGAGCAGAUGGCAGUUGUGGUACGUUUCGUCCAGGAGACAAGACUCCACGGGGUAUAUGAUCUCCAAAUUUGGGAGCAUUUACUGGGAUUUCUUCCAGUGCCUGAUUCUUUAUGCUCCACUUUGAUGCAAGUCGUACUCAAGUUCUUGGAAGAUAAGAAAAUCCUAUUGUGUAAUAUGAGAGGGCAAGAAAGAAUGAAAAGCUUGUAUGUCUUCUUCUCAUCCUCCGUUCGACAUUGGGAUGUCUUGAAGAAGUAUCUGCCUAACCUGUCACUGAAGCCACUGAACGAUACUAGUGCAGUCGGAGAGACCAUCCAGACCACUGACAUAAAUGUUUCUGAGACCAUGGAAAUGCUUGAAAUACGAAAGCAUAAAAUGAGACCUGCAGAACAGAAGAAAAGAAGGGAUGAGACAAUAGAUGACGCAACAAAACGAAAUAAGAUUGAAUUAUGCUAUUAUCUUUUAGAUACAGUAAUCACAUCUUUGGAUGAGAGAUUCAGUCAACUGAAAGCUCAUUUUGAUUAUUUUGAUUUUCUCUACGACAUUGAUGAGCUGAAGAAUACACCUCCUGACAGCCUGGACACAAAGUGUAGAAACCUUACAUCGAUUUUGCGAGAUCAUGAGUCAAGCGACAUUGAUGCACUGGAGUUGAGAGAUGAACUAAAAGUGCUUUCAACAUUGUUGAAACCUGGAAUAGGUCCAAAAGAGAUUCUGAAGUUUAUGGGAAGAUAUAAUUUUUGGCCGAAUGUUAACAUUGCUCUGAGAAUUCCCCUAACACUCUCAGUGACAGUUGCGAGUGGAAAGAGGAGUUUCUCAAAACUCAAAUUGAUAAAGACAUACCUCCGAUCAAUGAUGAACAAAAUUCAUUUGAAUGAUCUUGCAACAAUAUCAAUUGAAAAUGAGCUUGUGGAGGACUUACAUUACACAGAUCAUGUGAAAGAGUUUGCACAAGCAAAAGCUAGGAAGUUGAAUACAUUAUAUGUUCAUAACCACUGA